AGUCGCCGGGUAGCUCCUUUGUGGCAGUCGGUCGGCUUUUGUGGGAGGCCGGUCUGCUUGGUCGCGCAUCUGGGCCACCGUAGGCCGGUCUGUCCGUCCACCGCCGGGCCUGUCUGCCGGCCGCGCUCUGCACCAGCUGGCUCCGGACGGCUGAGCCUGAGCCCGGCGGUACUCCCGGCCCGCAGUGUCCCGGGAGAAGUGUGCCGGGCUGUGCGGGGCGCGGGUGAUGGGGCGUGAGCGCAGCCUGGGGUGUGGGGCGCUUGCGGAGCUUGCCUGACCCCGACCUUGGGGGUGGGGAGCGGCGCAGGGGGCUCCGCGGGCGUGACCGUGACCGUGCAGCCGGGAGUGCGGGGGCCUCCCCCCGGGGCCUCCCUGCAGGCUGCCCCUGAGCCCCAGCAGCAGGACCCGCGCCCCUGGGCCUGGCCUGGGGCCCAGGAGGCUGCAGAGCCGCGCACGGCCGGGGGAACGCUGCCGAGGGCGCCAUGGAGAUCCCUGCCCCGAAGCCCCGGGAGACAGCUCGGUCCUCUCAGGAGCCUGGUCUUACCUUCAAAAAGAAUCCAGAGGAUAAAUUGGAUCAGGGUCUCCUGGAAGCCAGGUCCGCGGAAUCGGUGACUUUCAAGGAUGUGGCUGUGGACUUCACCCAGGAGGAGUGGGGCCAGCUAGAUUCCCCUCAGAGGGCCUUGUACCGUGACGUGAUGCUGGAGAACUACCAGAACCUUCUUGCCCUGGCAGGGCCCCCUGUCUGCAAGCCGGAUGUGAUCUCCCACCUGGAACGAGGCGAGGAGCCAUGGUGGAUGCCUGGAGAAGUCCCUGGAGGGGCUUGUUCAGGAGGGGAGCCCGGGCCUGGGGUGGAGGACAAGUGGUGUCAACAGCAGGGCAUUUACAAGGAAGAGCCAUGCCAGGAGCCGAUCACCAAGCCACUGGUGAGGUCCAGCAUCCACAGCCCCCUUCUGGGUGACGGGAGGGCCCGCGAGGGCCCAUGGGCUGCUGUGCCCAGGGGUGAAGCUGUGCUCCAGAGGCCAGCACCGGGCAGCUGUGGGGAUGUUUGCCCAGAGGGGCACUGGCAGGGCCACAAGGCAUCUGAGAAGGAUUUACCCCCUGGGUGCACCCUCUUCACCCCCCAGAACAUUCCUGCAGAAGAAGACCCUCCUGACGGGCCUACAGAGAGUUUCCGUCCUGGUGAGGUGGCCCUUAAGCCACGGAGAGGCCAGGGGAGAGGCCUGGCCAGGGCCGGCGACCGCAGCGAACACCCUCCGACAAGCGGGCGGCGGUGCGUGGCCGCCGGAGAAGGCCUCUUCCCGUGUGCCGAGUGUGGGAAAGCCUUCGGGCAGAGCUCAGCCCUGACCCUGCACCGGCGGUGGCACGCCCGGGAGAAGGCCUACAAGUGCCACGAGUGCGGCAAGGCCUUCACCUGGAGCACCAACCUCCUGGAGCACCAGCGCAUCCACACCGGGGAGAAGCCCUUCUUCUGUGGUGAAUGCGGGAAGGCCUUCAGCUGCCACUCGUCCCUGAACGUGCACCACCGCAUCCACACAGGCGAGCGGCCCUACAAGUGCAGCGCCUGUGAGAAGGCCUUCAGCUGCAGCUCGCUGCUCAACAUGCACCUGCGCGUGCACACGGGCGAGAAGCCCUACCAGUGUGGCGCGUGCGGCAAGGCCUUCAACCAGAGGACGCACCUGACGCGCCACCAGCGCAUCCACACUGGCGAGAAGCCCUACCAGUGCGGCGCGUGCGGCAAGGCCUUCACCUGCCACUCGUCCCUGACUGUGCACGAGAAGAUCCACAAUGGGGACAAGCCGUUUAAGUGCGGUGAGUGCGGGAAGGCCUUCAGCAGCCGCUCACGCCUCACCCUGCACCAGCGCAUCCACACGGGCGAGAAGCCCUUCAAGUGCUCUGAGUGCGGCAAGGCCUUCAGCUGCCACUCCUACCUCGUCGUGCACCAGCGCAUCCACAGCGGCGAGAAGCCCUUCAAGUGCAAUGAGUGUGGGAAAGCCUUCAGCUCCCACUCCUACCUCAUCGUGCACCAGCGCAUCCACACGGGUGAGAAGCCCUUUGACUGCAGCCGCUGCUGGAAGGCCUUCAGCUGCCACUCGUCCCUCAUCGUGCACCAGCGCAUCCACACCGGGGAGAAGCCCUACAAAUGUGGUGAAUGCGGCAAAGCCUUUAGCCAGAAUCACUGUCUCAUCAAACAUCAGAAGAUCCACUCUGGGGAGAAGUCAUUCAGAUGUAACGAGUGCGGGGAAAUGUUUGGCUGGAGCACUCACCUCACUGAACACCAGAGAAGACACAGCGAGGAGAAGCCCUUUGCCAUCCAGUUCAAUAAGCACUUACUGAGCACCUACUACAUGCCUGGCGGCCUGCUGGGUGCAGGGGGCACGGGCGUGAGUGGCGUGGACCCCAUCGAUCCCCUGGACGUGGCAAAGCUCCUGUGUGUGGUGCAGCCCUCCUCCGGCAGGACUUCCCCCCUGGGCAGCAAGCCUGGAAAUUAGCACUGCAUGCUCACCAUCAGCCUCGUUCCUUCCAUAGAAAGCCUGGCAGCUCAGAUACACACAGCCUGCCCAUGCCUCCGGAUUAGAGACCAGCCCUGUGCCCACACCCCAUGCGCAGGGACAGCUCUCUCAGAGGUCAUCACUGUCCCGGGAAGCACUAUGCGUUAGGCGAGAAGAGUCAAGGGCCUUUUGAGGUUGUCCUGUCAUCCUGUUUUCUUUAACGGGUUUGCAGGUCACUGACAUGGGGAAUAGAUCUUUCCUACAGACAGAAAGAAGGUACGUCAAUCGUUGUGUCUUUGGACGGCGGGCUCCUGGCAUGGUUUCGAUCAGGAAUUUCCUUUGUAUGCUGUUAUGUUUAGAAUGAUAAUAAUGAUAAUAAAAACAAACAAGAAUCAUGAACAGUUUACUUCUAAGUGAACACUAGUAUAUUCCAGGAGGGGAGAAGGAUCUUGAAUGGUGGGGGUUUAGGGAAAGGCAAAUUUCCUGGACUCACCCCACUGAAGCAGCACUACCGCAAAGUCAUCCAGUAGUGACAGCACCUCCGUCUCAGAAGUGUGUCCUGGCAUCGGUGUAGCCAGGUCCUGACAUGCUAGCAUCGAGCCUGGCCACCUGUUCAGCGUCCGUCCAGGUGUGGUGUUGGGAUAGACGUGUCUAGGAAGCGCGCCUUCAUCCUGCAGCGCCUCCCUCUGCUCCAGUGAGCUCAGCACACUGGCUCAGCCCUGCGGGAGGAGCUCGUCCAUGGGACCUGCCCCUGUGCUCCCUGCAGAGGUGGGUAAUGUUCACCUGGAAUUAAUGUUCCUUCUGCUUGGUCCUAAGCAAGUCUAAGCUGCUUUCUCAGUGACAAUACUUUACAUUUAUACAGAGAGCUAUAGUUUAUGAAAUGAUUUUUGUAUACUUUUUAAAUUAUGGCAGCAAAAUCACCACAUUUCAGGAAAUGUGGAAUUAAGGAAAAAGGCCCCCAUAAUUCCUAGUAAACUGCAUUUCGCACUUUGAUACAUUACCUUCUGCUGGUUUCAAAGUGGAUUUUUACAUUACCGCAUACAGUGUAUAUAUCUUUUUAACCUUCCCCCCCCCCCCACCUAGCUGCAUAGCAGAAUUUUUUUCCCAAGUAAUUGAACUGUCUGGAGUUAUACUUCCCAAUGGAAGCAGAGUAUUCUAUUGGAUGUUCUUUUGUUGGAUAUUGAAGUUAUUUCCAUGUUUUUAUUAUAGAUCACUUCACCAUUAUAAACCAUUCUUCAUAGAGCAUAUUUUGGCAUUAUACUUCUUAAGCAUUUUCUUAGAUUCUAAAAAGUGAAAAUUUUGAGAUAAAGGAAAUGAACAGCUUCAGGAAUCAUUUUCGUAUGAUUUUGGUAGUGUGCAAAAGUAAUACCAUUUCAUAUGAAGCAAUCAGUCAGCAAUAGUGGUCAGCUGGGAACGUCCCCUGCACAGCACCUCCCCAAGACGGAGGACUCCCUGCUCGAAGCUGGCUGUCCAGACAGCCUUCGUUCAGGGCACAGUAACAACACAGCGAUGCUCCUGGGCAUCUGCAACUCCACUGCAUUCCUCCAGAGUGUGUGCAAGCCAGCCUCCCAUUACACGGUCCCCAGGGCCACAUCAUGGCAGUCGUGGGGCCUUCUGUGCCAAAUAGGAAAAGUCCUGUUUUACAGCUGCUUUUGUAAAAGGACAAAUACAAUCUGGGCUUAGGUCAUUAUUUUCAUACUCAAUUUUCUUAUUUCAAAAGAACUUAAAACAUCUCUGUGGAGCUCUGGACACCGUGCCUGCUGUCAACCCUGUGGUGCUUCUAUGUACUCAGCUGAGUGGCACCUUAUUAUCACUUUACUUUGCACCUUCAAUAACUAAUGAGGAUGAAUAUUGAACAAGUUUUGAUUCUUGGUCUUUUGUACUGAAAAUGAUUUGAAUAUACCCUCUUCCCUCUUAUCAUUGGAGAUUUGAUAUUUUUCUUUCAUUUACAUAAAACUUUUUUUUCAUGAUUAUACAAACAAUAUGUAUAUACUGCAGGAAUCUGGAAAAAAUUAAAAAAAUCCUAAGAAUGCAAGGACCCUUCAGUAUCAGUUCAUAGGCCACUGCCAGAGGUACACUUAUGUCAAGGUCUUUUUUUCUGUGCACAUAUAUUAUGCCUUUGCUUUUAAGCAAAACUAGAUUCAUACUUUGCACAUUAAUUCUGUCUUUUCCCAUAAAUGGGAAAUGUUUUAUGAUGAGUGUUUUCCAUAUUACAAAAUAUUUUUCAGAAACAUUAUUGAUGGCUGUGUUUUACCAGUGUCAUGAUUGAUCUGUUCCUUUAUUGUAAUUCUCGAACAGAAACCCAUUCUGCCCUUCGAUCAUUUCCUCAGAAUAAAUUCUGAGAAGUAGAAUUCACAGGCAGAGUUCACAGACACCACAAAGCUCUUUCUAGGUCAAACCCAGCACGACAUUUUUCAUUCUCCCACAUGGGCUCCAAGAGCACCCCUUUCCCUGCACACUUGCACACACUUGGCAUCAUCUCCACUUUUUAUAUUUACCAUUUUCAUACAUCAAGAGUAUUAUUGGUUUGUGUUUUUUGACCUUUUUCUUCUCUUCAUAUGAAUUGUCUCUUCCAUUCUUUGUUCUUUAUACACACAGUGCCUUGGCACAUACAUUUUUACCUUUGUUACCACAUUUUUAAUGAACAGAGAUGUUCAGAUUCUGUGUAACUUGGUCUUUUUGGUUUGUUUCUUUAUAUUUUUUCUUGGCCCUUAGCCCC